UGACGUCACAAUCGUAGACGCCACCUACUUCCAUGUGAAAUGAAUGUUUUGGUCAGAGAUACCGUUUCAUGAUUAUCAUUCAUUAUGAUUAGAAAAUAUUUUUGGCACAAGUCGAAUCAGUGAUGUGAUUGCACAAGAGUAGAUAAUAAUGCCAAAUGAUUAAUGUUAAACAAUCGUAUGAAUUUGAUUUGUGAUGUCUGCCUCAUAAGAAUUGGUGACCACCAAGAAUGCCAAGGUCACCAUGGAUGAUGCUGUAAGCCGUGAUUCUGUGACCUCUUCUACCAGUGAAGAGUUUGUUGUGGUCAACGGGGAACCCAAACUGAAAGUUGCGGCAGAUGUGAGCGACAUCAGCGAAGAGAUAGCCAGUGCCACAGCUACUGAAAGUAAAAUGUAUGAUAGCUCGGACAAUAUUGACGAGCAGUGUGAUCAUGUGAUUCCCAGCAGCCAGUCGGUCAAUGUUUUGAAUUCAGAAUCCAUCCUGGAGAAUUAUCCUGACACCCCUAAUGAGGAGGAUAAAUCCGGUUCUGGCGCAGACCGGGCACGAUCUACCUCCUUACCCACCAUACCUAUUGGUGACUGCACCAUCUUCAAUGGGGUCACCUACCUGGGGUGUGCAAUGGUUAACGCCCCUCGGAGUGAGGGUGAAAUAUAUCGCAACAUGGCUGUCCUGAACCAGCACAGCCAGAUGUCCAUUCCUGUGGCGCUGUCAGUCCCCGCGACGUCAGAAGGCAUAGUCAGAAGUGGAGAGCUCGUGCGACUAUUAGAGCCAGCCACUAACUCUGAAAUAGCAAAUUUCCGCAUCCACCGCAUACUGUUUUGUGCCAGAGGACCAACAGAGACCCCUGAGCGCCAGUGCUUUGCUUUCACAUGUAGUCAUGGAGACAGUGCUGAAAAUGCCAUCUUCCAGUGUCAUGUUUUUCGCUGUGAUAUUCCUGAAGCUGUUCCCAAGAUUCUUUACUGCUUUGCUAACACAUUCAGACGUAUACCAAGGAGCCAGAAAUCUUCAGAGACAAGUUUUUCUAGCGCAGAGCUAACCUUCAGUUUUACAGUUAGUCUGGACUUCCGCGAGGAUGAUGGCAAGGGCGGCUACUCUGCUUGCCCUAAAGACAAAGAUGUGUUUAAGUUUAGGGUCAACACUGCCAAACGUCUUCUGAUAUCAGUACAGCAGUCUGGGCCACAUGAGCUCAGGAUUGAAAGAUGUUUUGGUCUGCUUAUCUCCCCUGGCAGAAAUGUCCAGCACAGUGAUAUGCAGUUGAUUGAGUUGGAAUCUAUGGGAUAUGUCUCAGAAACCAAGGUGUACAAUGUAGCUGGUCACUGGGACCCUUCAGAAAAGUGUUUCACCAUCCUCAACACAGAGACUGAAAAAGAUACCCGCGUGUUUCUCACUGUGGCCGUUGACCUGGUGUUGUUUGGCAUCCAGGAGCCUGUCAGGUUUAUCUUAGAGACCAAGGCCAAGAUCUUCCCCGUGUCUGAGAGGUUUUGGUACCUGAGUCGCAAGGGUUACAUGGAGCAGUUCAGUGUCAGGCUCAAACAGGUAGAGAGCAGUGGAGAGAACAAGUGCUACGAAGUGGUUAAAGUGGAGAGCCAGACAGAGGUUGACAGGCGGAACCAUAACCUGACCUUGAACUUGAGUGGAACCACUAGAGCUCCCACAGAGUCCAUCAAAACACCUCAGGAGGAGGAGGAUUCUGAUAUAGAUGAGCCCCUGCUCAGUGGGUCUGGGAUUGUGAGCAAAGAGGUGACAGAUGAGAACCUUCUGGAAGCUUGGGCAGAAGUCUUGUCCCGCUGGCGUAAAAACCUGUCCUCCAGGCCGCGGCAGGUGACGCAGCUGGUCAGGAAAUCCAUCCCAGAAGCCCUGCGUGGCGAGGUCUGGCUUCUGCUCUCUGGUUGCCAUGAGACACAGAACUUGCUGGAGUCCUACCGUGUGCUCAUUACAAAGGAUUCCCCCUCUGAUGCUGUCAUACAGAGAGACAUCAAUAGGACGUUUCCUGCACAUGACUUCUUUAAGGAUGCUGGUGGACAGGGACAAGAUUCACUCUACAGGAUCAGUAAGGCCUACUCAGUGUAUGAUGAAGAGAUUGGCUAUGUUCAAGGUCUUUCCUUCUUGGCUGCUGCUCUGUUGCUACAUAUGCCUGAGGAGCAAGCCUUCUGUGUGCUGGUGAAGAUCAUGUAUGAGUACCAGCUGAGGGACCUGUUCAAGCAAGGUUUCCAGGUGCUACACCUCAAGUUUUAUCAGCUGGAGAGGCUUAUGCAGGACCAGCUGCCUGACCUGUAUGAUCACUUUGCUGAGAUGGGCCUGGAGAUUCACAUGUUUGCCUCCCAGUGGUUCCUCACCCUCUUCACGGCCAAGUUCCCCCUGCAUGUUGUCUUUGGUAUUCUCGACUUGUUCCUCAGUGAGGGGCAUCUCAUCAUUUUCUGUGUAGCUCUUGCAUUAUUAAAGUCAUCACGUAAAGAUUUGCUGGCCCACGACUUUGAAGGUGUGUUAAAAUAUUUUAGAGUUCACUUGCCUAAAAGGUACAGAGGGGAGGAGUCAUCCAAGGAGUUGAUGAAAUUGGCCGUCAACAUGAAGGUUAGCAACCGCAAGUUGAAGAAGUACGAGAAGGAAUAUCAAGCUAUUCAAGAACAAAGCAUGCAACAGGAGGACCCGGUGGAGAGGUGUGAGAGAGAAAACAAAAGGUUGAUAGAGGCCAACAUGAGACUAGAGCAAGAAAAUGACGACCUGGCACACGAACUUGUGGAGAGCAAGCUGACCCUGAAGAGUAGAAUUGAUACUCUGGAAGACAAAUGUGCUGAGCUAGAGAGAGAAUUUAACCACACGUCAAAUCUACUUAAAGAAACAGAGGAUGAGAAGAAAAGGCUUGAUGCCGAAUCCAAGUCUCUGAAGGAAAUGUGUCGCAGGGAAUUGGAGCGAGCAGAAACCGAGUCAAAGAGGAACACUGCAAUAAUUACUGAUUACAAACAGAUUUGUACCCAGUUAAGUGAACGCUUGGAGAAACAACAGAACUCUUUUAAAGAAGAAUUAGCCAAUAUUAAGACGCAGGUGAAGUCAUGUGAAAAAUGUUCCUCUCUGUUUGUGGGUGAAAACUUGCGGCUGACGGACAACUCACGGGAAACACCAGAGGACCCAGACAUUACAGAGCUGCAGAAACAGGUGAGAGAGCUAGAGCUGGAACUGGCCCAGACGAAGCUGGCACUGGUGGAGUCUGAGUGCAAGACCCAGGACUUGACCCACCAGCUGAACGCGGCCGUCACGGAGAUCUCGGCCAACAAGAACACCUGGUUCCACAAGACCCUCAGCUCCAUCAGGGACGUGACCACCACCAAGAAGGAACCCAAAGACUGACCUGCGUCCACUGCUGUCGUGGGACUUAAAAUAGGCUGAGUUAGUUUAAAUCUAUCAGUUAAGACAAUGACCCAGAGAUUAUUAUGUUUCUAACACUUAUAAUAUUUAUUACGUGAGGAGUAGAGAGUGUAAUAUGUUGUAUGGCUUCCUAGAUUAGACUGACAGAAGCAAGUGUUGAGCUCUUGUUGCUACCAGCGUAUACAUACAAUUAGUUCUGCUUUUUCAGACGUUCAGAAAAAUGUCUUAAGGUUUUGCCACUGUAACAUUUUUUGGGGUCUAGAAUGUUGUCAGUUUAGCCUGUUAAAUUUUUUUUUUCCCUUUGUUGUUCACACAAAGGGGGGUAACAAUUCAGUAACAAACUUCUAUCGCGUUCAGUUCAUGCAUGAAGUAUGUGACUCGGCUGAAAUUAGUUAUUGUAAUGGUCAUCAAGUUGUGCUGUUGUUGUUUGAUCAACACUUAAUCAUUCUACUUCAAAUGAUGCUGAAAUUCCUAGCAAUUGUGGCAUUUUAGUUUGAACAACUAGGUUAUACAUAUAAUUUUUAAAGUGGUUUUUACCACAUUCUACUUUUUGUACCAGCUGUAAUCAGUUUGUACCAGUCACAAUCAGUUUGUACCAGUCACAUUCAGUUUGUACCAGUCACAUUCAGUUUGUACCAGUCACAUUCAGUUUGUACCAGUCACAUUCAGUUUGUACCAGCUGUAAUCAGUUUGUACCAGUCACAUUCAGUUUGUACCAGUCACAUUCAGUUUGUACCAGUCACAUUCAGUUUGUACCAGUCACAUUCAGUUUGUACCAGUAACAUUCAGUUUUUACCAGUCACAUUCAGUUUGUACCAGUCACAUUCAGUUUGUACCAGCCGAAAUCAGUUAGUACCAGUCACAUUCAGUUUGUACCAGCUGUAAUCAGUUUGUACCAGUCACAUUCAGUUUGUACCAGCUGUAAUCAGUUUGUACCAGUCACAUUCAGUUUGUACCAGCUGUAAUCAGUUUGUACCAGCCACAUUCAGUUUGUACCAGCUGUAAUCAGUUUGUACCAGCCACAUUCAGUUUGUACCAGUCACAUUCAGUUUGUACCAGUCACAUUCAGUUUGUACCAGUCACAUUCAGUUUGUACCAGCCGAAAUCAGUUAGUACCAGUCACAUUCAGUUUGUACCAGCUGUAAUCAGUUUGUACCAGUCACAUUCAGUUUGUACCAGUCACAUUGAGUAAAUUUUGUUCAGUUUGUGCUGAUCUCACAGUUUAAAUCGAGCUGUUUCCAUCAUGAUCCAUCAUUCACUGCCUGACUUGAUACAACACUUCCUUAUGGUUUUGUUCAGUCUUUCUUCAGCUCUGCCUCUCUCCAGUCCAUACGUUCUUCUUAAAGUUCAAAGAUGACCCACUUGAAAGUGAUCCCGAUAACAUUGACACUCCCUUCACCCCCACCCAAUAAAAGUGGUUUUUUUUUUAUGAUUGUCCACAAACUACAAUGUCUCUCCAGAACAUUCCUUUGUUUUAUUUCUUGCACCAGAGUCAAAUUGUCCAACUUGGUUCAUAAUAUAUUGUGCUAAUGUACAUACUGAACAUUUGUUGUGUUAGCAGUGUGGCUAUUUGUACAUUAAAUUUUAAUGUAAUUAAAGAUGUGUGAUAUUGUUUCAUGCUAUUGUGCAUAGUUUUUCUUUUAUUUGUUGUUUGAUCCAUGCUUUUAUUUUGUCUUGAAAUCAAAAUAUGAAAUUUUUUUUUAAAAACAGUAUUUUUUGAAGAAGUGUAUAAAAAGUUUUCUUAAUUCAUGAACCACUUAGUGUUAGCUUUGAAAAUUGUCACGUGACUUAUUGUGAGUUUCUCAUUGGUCCAAAUUUUGUCCUUCACUAACAACUUGCGCAGCACUUGUGUAUACUGAGGGGAUCAUGUUUUAAAUGAAGCUGUGUCGGACUUUGCAUGAAUGAAUGCUGUACACAAACAUCAAAACACUCACUACAGUCAUUUUUGUAGAGGAAACUUAAAAAUACACUGAAUAACAAAAGUAUCAUUUCUUUUACGUUAUUCAUGUGAACUAUUUUUUAACGUAGGAGCUUUCAAAUAAUAACAAAUAUGCCAUAAUAAAAAAAAUGUAAACAUUUCAACUACUAACUCAAAACCAGCUAAGAAUUGCUUGUGUGACUGAUAUGAGAGUUCAAAUAGCUCUGUCCUGUUUCUUAUCACAGCUCUUUCCCCUUACUAUUAUGUUCAGAGUUCCUUAUAUGCCCCCCCCCCCCUCCCCCACUGACACAUACUGUGUUGAUGCAAGUUGCCUGCCUGAUUCAGUUACACAACUAGAUAACUCAAAAUUGUAUUAGGUCUUUUAAUUCUUCUGACAAGCCUAUUUGAGAUUCUGCCAACUUUUUUAUACUUUUAUGUAAAUGAAAUAUUUUGUUUCACGUCAUUCCUUUAAAGUUUUGUAUCAAUCUGCAUAGAUCAUAUAACACCCCAACUGUGCUUAGAGCGUUGGAUUCAUCAUCUUAGUCACAACACUGGUUUUAAUCUGAGGUGUUUCAUUCCACCAAUUGUCCUCAUCAUUCGUUGGUCCUGUGUACUCAUCAUUCAUUGGUCCAAUUAUUACUUUCAUGUCAGCUGGAAAAACUAGUCAGUUAUCAUUUUUAUGAUUGGAUAAAAAGAAUAAAUAUGACUUUUUUUUGUAGACAAUGGUAGAUGUUUCCUUUUAUUUAGUUAUUUCAGUUUGAUUUGGGUAUUAUUUUUAUAAUGUCGAUUUGAAAUUUGUUGAAUUUGAUAUAAACAGAAAAUCUAGCAAUCAACUUUUGUUAAACAUUGAAAAUCCAAAUUCGUAUUAUGCUGAUGAUUUGUUUUUUAAACAUGAGUUUCUUUUUUUUGUUCAUUACCCACUAUUGCUGUUAAAUGCAUUAUUUUAAAACUUCAGUUAAUUUUUAAGAAAUAUUUUUUCAUUGCCCAUUCUUACUUUUAAAUUAAAAAUUUUUUUUGUGUACUUUCAUUCCCCCUUAUACUUUUAAUUAAUAACAACUGUACUUAAUGUGAACAUUAUUCUUAUAAAAUCUGCCAGGAAGGAUCACUUCUAUGUUUACCUGGACACAUUCAUAUAAAUGGACUGUAAGGAAACAGUUACCAUGGAAUAUUUUUUAACACUAAACAAAGGGUUAAUGUUAGUUCUGUUUGUACGCUGCAUUAUAACUUUUUACAUGUUGGGUUUUAUGUUUAUAUACACAUACAUGUAACCUAGAAGUAAAAUAGUGGUGGUCAUUUUUUAUUAAUAGCAGCAAAUGUUCUGUAUAUAAUAAUUUGCUUGUAAUAAUACAGGUAAAAAUCUAGUUAAACAACAUCACCACAAAAAUUUUAGAUAAGGAAGCAGAAGUAAAACAGAAAUUAUUGUCCCAAGAGUUAUUACCCUUCCAGCAAUGUUGCCUGUACUAUGAUCAAGCUUUGCGAUUCAUCUUAUUUAGAACCCAUUUAAGAGAAUUUAGAAUGUUAUCUUCUUUUUGACUGACAUGUUUUUCUCUUUUUUAAAAUUUCAAAUUGUUUAUGUUGGACCAAAUGUUUUGGAUGCAUAAUCUAACUAUAUCAAACAUGAUCAAGAACUAGACUUUGAGGCUAUCCAGUUUUAGAAAAUGUUUAUUAAACUUUCCCAUCAUAGAGAACUAAAAAAAAAAAAAAUAUUUUUUAAUAACUUUUGAAUAUUUAUUUUGCUAAUACAUUCAGCAUUGUUAUAUUGUUUUAUAGACAGGUAUUGUUUUUAAAAUGCUUACACUUUGAUUUUUUUUUAUUCACUGACACAACUUUUUUGUUAUUGCCACAUUUUUUGUUUACAUUGAGACAUGCUCACCCAAUGGGUCCAAGGGAAUCAUUCAUCCUUUGCCAACAAGUCGAAGGAUUUGACAUUAGGGACAACUGCCACAUAAUCCAUUCUUACACACAUAUAAUUGGAAUUCCAAUACUUAACUUUUUUUUCAUUUCAUUUACUCUGUGCAAUAUUGUUUGGUUAUUGAUAUAUAAAUAUAUAUAUAUAUAUAUAU